CUCGGCGGCCGUGGCGGCGCCGGAGGACUAUGCGCGGCCUCCACCGCUGCCCGCACCAGCUCCUCCUGGUCUCUCCACCGCCGCGGUCCGCCCCCGCGUGCCGCCAGUCGGCCACCGCCUCAUCGCGGGGCCUCAGGAGCUCCCUCGCCGUCUUCUCCGCACCCGGGGCUCGGGUAGCGGCGGCGGCGCGCGAGCAGAAGUGGGGCCACGUGGAGGGUGAUGAAGACGGUGGAGAGGAGGGCCUAGGGGAGGCGCUCCACAGGACGCGGGAGCUCGUGGAGUGCGCCAUGUUCGCGGCCGUCGCUGGGCUGGCCUACUUCCUCAGCAAUUCCCUCGCCAUUGAGAAUUAUUUCAGUUGCUUUUUCCCAUUGCCGAUAGUCAUUUCCUCAUUAAGAUGGGGACUAGAAGCCAGCAGGAAAACCGUGGUGGCUACUGUUUUACUGCUAUUCACAUUAUCUGGCCCUGUAAAAGCGUCAACUUAUCUGCUAAUGCAUGGAGUAGUUGGUCUCAUCAUGGGUACUGUUUGGAGAUUGGAGACCAACUGGAUUGUCUCCAUCAUCCUCUGCUCCAUUGUCCGUGCCCUGGGAGCUUGUGGUUACGUGCUAGUGUCAUCGUUUCUGAUAAGAGAAAAUAUUCUCGCGCUGAUAACGGUUAACAUUCAUGCUUCGUUGACAUACAUCCUGACGGCAGCUGGCGUGAACACAAUUCCUUCCAUGGGCACAAUAUAUCUACUCUUUGGGACACUGGUAAUUCCUGAUCUCAUAAGGGCAUGUACAACCUAGACACUGUUACACGGUACUCCAAGUAUAAGACACAACUAAAACACAACAUAUUACAGUGGACAUGUCUAAAAUAUGUGUCUUACCAUAUUCAUUGUACCAAUCAGAACAUUUAAUAAAUUAAAGUGACCAAUCAGCUAGUCUCAUGUCUCGAACAUAGAGCUAAGACACUGUGUCUUCGUCAAGAUACAUGUCUUGAGUUUUUUUACAUUCAUCCCCUAGACACACUCGAAAACACAACUCAAGACAUCCAUUGUACAUGACCUAAGCAGGGUUUACCGGAUGUGCUGUUCCGAGCUUUUAACUCUUCCUUUCCUAGUGCAGCUUCUACUUAAUUGUGGGUUCUUCGUCUUCCUCCUGCAUGUGAUGUAUACGGUAUUCCUGGCGAAGCUUGGGAUAAAGCCGUCGCUGAGGUCACCAAGAUGGCUGGACAGAGUGAUGUGAAAAUUUUAGGAGUAGGGCAUCGUACGUAGUGACUGUUCUUCCUGUUCUGCUGUUUUAGCCUUGCUGUUUGUCGCCCCUACCUAUACUGGGACCUGUAACCAUGGGGUGCAUCUGUGCAUGCAAACGCGACAAGCAAAAUUCGGGAUUAUCAAUC